AUGUUAAAGGACUGCACCCUGGAGAAAAGUGGCUGGCCGGAGUCCGUCAGCAUGCGGGUCCUGUUGAGCGUCCUGUACCCCGUCCUUUCCCUCACCAUCUUCGGAUUAUACCCCUCCAUGACUAUCGCCCCAAAGGAGGGCUGGCAGGUGUACAGCUCGGCCCAGGAUGCUGAUGGGCGCUGUAUCUGCACAGUGGUGGCACCAGAACAGAGUCUGUGCUCCAGAGAUGCCAAGAGCAGACAACUCCGCCAGCUACUGGAGAAGGUGCAGAACAUGUCUCAGUCCAUCGAGGUGCUGAACCUGCGAACUCAGAGAGAUUUCCAAUAUGUCAUGAAGAUGGAGAACCAGAUGAAGGGCCUGAGGACCAAGUUCAGACAGAUUGAAGAUGACAGGAAAUCCAUCAUGGCCAGGAACUUCCAGGAGCUUAAGGACAAGAUGGACGAGCUGAAGCCGUUGAUCCCUGUGCUGGAGCAGUACAAGAUGGAUGCUGCGCUCAUCUCCCAGUUCAAGGAGGAGAUCAGGAACCUGUCGGCCGUGCUGACAGGCAUCCAGGAGGAACUUGGGGCCUAUGACUACGAUGAGCUCUAUCAGCGAGUCCUGCGAUUGGACAGCAGGCUUCGCAGCUGCAUGGGCAAACUAACGUGUGGGAAAUUAAUGAAAAUCACUGGACCUGUUACAAUAAAGACAUCUGGAACCCGGUUUGGGGCAUGGAUGACUGAUCCUCUAGCAUCAACCAGAAACAACAGGGUUUGGUACAUGGACAGUUACACCAACAGCAAGAUUGUGCGCGAGUACAAGACGAUGGAGGACUUUGUAGCAGGGGUGGUUUCUCGAACCUACAGCCUCCCAUUCAAAUGGGAGGGAACCAAUCACAUCGUCUACAACGGCUCGCUUUACUACAACAAGUACCAGAGCAACAUUAUUGUGAAGUACAGCUUCGAGACGGGCAGUGUGCUGGCCCAGCGAGCUUUGGAGUUUGCUGGUUUCCACAACAUGUAUCCAUAUACGUGGGGAGGAUACUCCGACAUCGACGUCAUGGCUGAUGAACUGGGAAUGUGGGUCGUGUACGCGACAAAUCAAAAUGCUGGAAAUGUUGUCAUCUCCCAGAUCGACCCUGACACCCUGCAGGUCCUGAAGACUUGGAACACCGAAUACUCCAAAAGGAAUGCGGGCGAAUCGUUCAUGAUCUGUGGGACACUCUACAUAACUAACUCUCAUCUGUCAGGAGCAAAGGUUUACUACGCUUACUCGACCAAGACUUCAAUGUACGAGUACAUAGACAUUCCUUUCCACAACCAGUACUUUCAUAUCUCCAUGCUCGACUACAACGCCAGAGAGAGAGCACUGUACGCCUGGAAUAACGGACACCAGGUAAUAUUUAACGUCACCCUCUUUCAUGUCAUAAAAACUGAUGAUGACUCGUAG